UUUACAAAUUUGUUCAAAACGUUUGAAUCGUUCGUGUAUGAGAAUCGCUUGGCUUGUAAGAGUUGUUGAAAAAGAACCGAUUCUGUUGCGAGUCGCUUGUUGCAUUCUGAGAGGACGAGGAAGUGUGUGACGAGAAUUCAGCAGUACAGGUCUGACAACUCACAACCAGAACCUGAUUUUUCAGCUGCAGCUGUGAAUCUGUGGCACUCUCUCACAGACAGACGCCAGUUCCGCAGCUGGGAGGCUGCAGCAGUCACAGUGCGCGAGCUCUCACUCCGGGAAAACAGCAGAGUGCGCGCGCUCAUUCUCACCAUCUGCAGUCGCGCUUAAAGCUCCGCGAAGCGUGUGUGCGUGCAUCUGGGACCAGACAAAAACGAAAAAUGUGCACGCACAGCGCGUUGGCAGUGACGGAGUGAAAAACUGCGGAAUGGUGAAGUUGCAGCAGCAGUAGCAGCCGUGCGUGACAAUGCAUCGGAUAGUGCAGAGGAGGCGUGCUGGGCCGCUCCGCUCCGCGUGGUCGCUGCUCGGUGCCGUGGCGCUCGCGCUCGCCGCCUCCAGCGCUGUGUUCACCGCGUGGACGUGGCGACAAACCCGAGACCUGACCAGGUCCGUCCAAAAUCUGCGCGACCGCUUGGAUCAGGUGAAUUUGCAGCGCAAGGCUAUUGUCCAGCUUUUCCUGGAGAAGAGGGAGCUGCUGGAGAGCCUGCGAGUGAAGAGAGAAGCUGGAGGGGCAAAAAGAAAAAAUGGAAAUGGAAGGAAGGUGGCCUCUCACUUCGAGACUGGAGGGGCAAAAGGAAGAUACGGAAAUGGAAGGAAGGUGGCCUCUCACUUUGAGAUAACCAAAGAUUCAUUCAAAACAGUGGAGAAUGAGGGAAUCAUUAAAGGAUGGACUGAGCAGUACCUGAAUAUGACUCAAGCUGUGGAGUAUAACACAGAGACAGGCACUUUUAAAGUAGUUCGGAGGGGUGUCUACUUCCUUUACUGUCAAGUGCAUUUCAGUGAGCAAAAGAGUCAGUAUGUGAAGCUGGAAGUGACUGUCCCUCAGGGCCCCUCACUUCAGUGCAUAGAGGGAUACAGCACCACUCCAACCACAGGUUUUAAACAGUUCCACUUCCUGAAGCCGUGCCAGGUUUCUGGCCUCCUGCUUUUAGAGAAAGGCGCCGAGCUCAAGGCUGUGACCGGAAGUGAUUUCAGCCUGAAGGACUCAGGCAAACAUUACUUCGGCCUCUUCAAGGUGAAUUAGUGGAUCAGCUCCACAGUUCAGCCUCAUUGACUGCAUCAUUUUUUGGAGGUCUACCACAGUCGAUACUCACUGGCUGGUUGAACCAUCGUUGGUUCUUUUGUUAAACAAGUUAAAUAUCUGUCUUUUUGUUUGUUUGUUUGUUUUUAAUCUGACACAUUUGAUAGGGUCCCUGCAGUCAUGGAGAAUGGCUGCAACCAAGGCAUGGAUGUUUCAAGAGGCACCUGGAAGUAGUUGAAAUAAUGACUGUACACAUACUGGUGCCCUAAAUAUGGCACUAAUCAGGAUGGUAAAGACUAGGAGACCAUGACUGCUGGACAGUUACAGUGGAUCUUUUUUGGAUUGCCCUGGUUUGGACAUAAGGGUAUAAACACUGACUUCACCAACUGUGCUUAAACAUUUACUUGUAGCCUGAUAAGGACAUAGUUCCAAACACAUGGCUGCCUUCCCUAAACAGUGGCAUGGGCAGGUUGAAUGGAAGAUUCAGUGUUGGUGUUGUUAAGUCUGGACACUAAAAGGUGCACAUGUGAAUUUCAUCAUUGAUUGUUAGGAUGGGAUCAAAUAUUUGCUCUGACUAACAUACAGUUGUCAUUGGAUCAGUUCAACUUUGAAAAUAUUGAUUUACCAAAUACACACCAAGUAGUACUCCUUAUAUGUCCUUAUUACUGACCUUCACAUACACUUCAACUGAAGCUUUAAGUGCCUAGUAUAUUGUGAUAUAUUUUUUUUAAUAUGAUUGUGAAAAUAUAGUAUAGAUUGCCAUGAAGUGGUGGUAUGCUAACAACUUACAGUACUGCACUUCCAUGUGUUCAUUGCUAUAGAUAAAUCUUGUAACAAAGUCACAAUAUACCUAUGUUGUUGUUUUUAAAAAAUACAAUGCACAUUCAAUUCUUAAAGUUUUUUUUUAUAGGUAAAGUUACAGAUUUUAUACCAAGUUUAUUGCAUUUAAUCUCACUGGUUAAUCAUGCGUGAAACAACUUUUCAUUUUAAACAACGUAUGUCAAUGUCUCUUGGGCUUAAGACUACCAUAAAAAUGAGAGUUUAAUUAGUUCUGAAAUGGAAUGUUUGCCAUUUUAAAUGCACAUUGUGCUGAUUGGAUUUCCUAAUCAUACCCCAGCUUCCCUUUUGUAUAUCUGCAGCCCAUUGUUUCCCCAUGCCCUCGACUCUCACUUCCUUUACCCGCUGUAGUAAAUAGCCGAAAAAACAUGGAGAAGUAACAUAUUCCCAUUUGUCUCCCCAAUCUAGUCCUUCCCCCUUCUUCCUCUUGCCAUUUUUCUUUAUUUCCACUUUUUGGGGUUGCUCCUUGCACUCAAUCCACAUUUGGAUUGCUGCAGGGGUUUCUGCUGUUCAGAAACGGCGUCCAAGAUAAACUCGUCUGGGUUGAGGUGAAGUGUGGAAUGGCUGUGUGUGUGUGUGUGAAUGUAAAUGCACGAUCAGGGUAACUGCAAUGGCAGUUAAAAUUUCACAGCUCUUUAGCCUGUAUCUGAGUUAAUAUGUACAUGAUGUACUUUUUAAUUUGAUGGAUCUUAAAUGAUCUCUUUGACCAUUAAGAUUCUAGUUGACUGAACCAAAGCCAAAAUGAAAACAGAGCCAGAGAGUUCAUAAGGGCCAAACUGAAUGUGUGUGAGAGGUUGCAGUUUCUAUAUGUUAUAACUGUCAUACAUUGAUUUUACACAAUAAAUAAGGUUAAAAAAAAGUGUGGCAAAAAUGCUAUGGCUUCUUGUUUACCAGUGUAUAUGGUUUUAAUGGCCAGGGUUUGACUCAUCAUGUGUACGAAACUAGGCACUGAGAUGAAUCACUUGCAAAUUAUUUCUUCUAAUUACUAAAGGUUGAAAACAGUAAUAACAGACAUUCAAGACAUGUCCCGUUUUACGCUAAUGUUUAGCCCUUCCCAUAAUUAGCUGUUUGGUUUGUGAAGAACUAACACAGCUUUACAUGUUUUCAUUCGAAUCUUUAUUACAAACAAAACAAAAGAAAAGAAAGAUGCAUUAUUAACAUGUUCCGUUCGUCCACCCGGAGUCAAAUCACAACAUAGCCACUGAUUUGGAACUGGUUCGGAACUGCAGCUUACACAGUGACACUUAUUAAUAAAUGAAAUGUUGGAAAAGAGACAAAUAAAAAAUACAAAUACAGAGUGGACAAAAAAAGGUGGUGCUUGAUUCAAAACUUAGACUCUCCCAAUUUUAGUCAAGCACCGAAAUGUAAAUUUCUCAGUCUUCACACAGGAGGUAUGCAAGGGAGUAGAGCAAAUAAAUUAAAUUUUCAACUCGUUAUCUAUCUCUUUGAGUUGAGGCCUAGCAAAGGAUAAUGUAAGAGCAAGCAGGUGCAGAAUUACAUAUUCUGUUCAACUCUUUACAGUUGUUUUGCUGUUAAGGCGCUUAUGUCAUUAAUACUGUGCAUUUCAGCAGCCAAAGGUGUCGAAGUUUAAACAUUUUCAGAGACAAUGUAGGGAUUUUGCUUUCUAAUCUUAGAUUAUAUAAUUGAUGAAUUAAUUAUAUUGUCAAUGCAUUUGAGGAUUACAUGAGUGAUCCACUGUGUGCAGGUUACUCGCAAGCCCCAAAUCUACUGUAGAUCGCAAGCUAGAAAGAUGUUAAUUGUUCCGAAGUUCAUUCAACCUCUUCGUUGGCUAUUAUAACAAUAUGCUGUAUAUAGGGAAACAUCAUGGACCAAACAUACAAAGAAUUAUCUUUCUUUUUUCCUUAUUUUCAUUUGGUAGAAGCUUCGCAAUCGUAACAUCAAGGACAACAUCAACAGUAACGUUAACAAUAAUUAUAGGUGCUAGGAACAAGGAUUAAAAUCACAGAAAAACACAAUGAACUGAGCUUAAAUAUGCAAACAAUUCAAAGACUCUGUAAAAAGGAGAAAGAGAAAUAUGGAAAACAAAGUGGGAAGGAGUGGUGAGACAUAAAGAAGUAUUUUUUUUUGUCUCCAUAAGAGGAUGGAAGAGUAAAGUGAUGUGGAGAUACAGAAAAGAUAGAAUGGAGCCAGAGGGGAAUUAGAAUAGGUAAAGCAUUGUUGAAUUUGAUAUAGUAAAACAAAUACUUUCAGUUGUUUAAUUUAAUGACAUGUCAUGGCUUAAUUCGAACGUGCCAAUCUAAAUACAUAUCAAUGGUUGUGUUCCAAAAGCUAAAUGCCAUAAAGGCCUUUCUAUCCAAACAAGAGACCAUGACCAAUGCCCCUGUUUUAAAUGUCUCUCCCUCGUUAUCAUAUCAGGCAGCUCAAAAAUUCAAAUAUUAUGUGGAGUCAUUACAAAAGCAAGAGCUGCAUCAUAAAGAAAUUGAUUUCAUAGACGUAACUGUUAAGGUACUGAACAGCACUAUUCUCAGUGUUAGCUUUACAGCUUCUUGUACUGAAAUGAAAAAAUAAAACCUGCUGUUGCCGAGACUAUAGUAUGGAUGCAUGGAUGUUUCUCUUAACAUGAAACACAAAUGGGAUAGCAUGCUGCUGAAACAAGGGGACGCUAUGAAGCCUGGCAAAUGCUUUUACACACACAUGCAGCUUCAUCUCUGAUUCAGAGGGAGGCAGGAUGCUAAUGAGGUUCUGUAGUUGUGUGUGUGUGUGUGUGUGUGUGUGUGUGUGUGUGUGUGUAUUUGUGUGUUUGUGUGGAAGGUGUUUUGUAUGUCUCUGAGUAAUCCCAAGUGUGAGCAGUUGGCUCAAGGCAGAAUUUGAGCGAGAAUAGAUAGACAACAAGGAUGGUAUUUGUAAGUGAUUUUGUGUGUGAGUGUGUGUGGGGGG